AUGCAAGAAUUUUCAUCUGACGAAGCCAAGUAUAUGCGUGAAUUGAGGACUCUUGUCGGUGGUGUCAUACCUGUUCUGUUAACGUCAGUCUUAUCCAAAUCCGAUUCGGCAAUCGCUGCAGGCCUUUUCCGCCCUUCUGGCAACCCAAGAGACGAUGAAAACUUUACGAGGCCCAUCGUUCAUAUGGGCAUAUCGCUCGAACGACUUAACUCGCUUCAUAAGCGAGCGCCAUUGAAUAACCCGGAGGCUCUUUUAUCCUGGGCUCAAGGUGCGCAAAAAGUUUAUCGGGACUAUUUAAAGGCCUGGCGCCUAGGAUUUCAAGACGUUAUCGUUAACCUUGCACCACCCGACGAGGAUCCGUCGAAUCAAAUCAACCCGGAGACUCAAAGCUUAUACGCCGGGAUGGCGCAGGAUAAAGAUGGGGAUGUAACUUUCAAAGGCAUCAACUAUGUACGGACAUCCCCGAAGGCCGAAGAGAUGGCAAUGGUAUAUCAGAGCCUUGUCACGGAUGCUAGGCGACGCUCAAAUGAAGAGAGAGCAAGGCUCGAAGACGAUAUGGCGGCUGCAAUUGACGCUACGAGAGCCCGAAAUCCACGAAACCUCGCCGUACUUGCCGACAUAACCAUUCAUAAGACUCGACGGGUUCGAGCUCGUGAUUUUUUUAAUCUCUCUUUGCUCCAUUCAACUGGUCAGCAGAUCGAUUGCCGUGCUGAACUUCUACUUCGUGAUAACCCCCCCAACGAAGCACCUGGUGGCGACUUGCUAAUAUGCGAAGUCGAUGACACCGGCCGCUGGCUUUUGUUUCCGCCAAUAGACCGGGGGCGAGCAUCUGCUAGAAAUGGUGACGGGAAGGGCGAGAUCAUUAUUAUGAUAAGGGGUGUGCCAGGAGAGGAGAAGGAUUGGAAAGAGUUGAUUACUUUCAAAACAGAUGACGAGCAGAUAGGAUUUGAAUGGGUUCAGAUGAUUGGAUUAAGCCCCGUUCCGCCAAAGAUCGACCGAUCUAUGAGCUUUAUCAAUAGGGCUAAAGCCAGAAACCGGCCCCCUAGGGUGCGGCAAGAGGGCUCCGAACUGUCUACCGUGUCUGAGAAGAGAAGCCCAAGUCCCACAGAUAUGGACGUGCCUAUUGGCGAACAGGCUACAGUGGUAUCUCUUGUUACAGGGCGGAAAGCACAUGUUGGCUCUGACACUGAAAUAUCGAGGCAAUCGUUGGGUCUCUCCCGCGAUACCUAUAGCAGUCCCCAGAGCAACUUAGCUACAUCUCCUCCUAAAGAGGAGACGCCAGCGCCAUCAAUUACGACCAAUAAAGUCAGGCGAAGUCCAACUAAGCGCAGUGAAGACCUAGACGAAGAUAUUCUUCGUCGCGACCUUACAGUAUAUACCGAAGAUGUUCCAUUGCCACCUCCUCAUAGUUCACCAAGUCCUACCGUUCCAAGACAUUCUACCCCUGUUUUAAGCCCAACGUCACGUCGCAAUAACCAAAAUCGACGAUCCUCGUCUCCGCUCAAGCACGACCCUUCCAAAUCCGCAAAGUCUAUUGCAUUUAUUUUCUCCUGGAAUGAGAAAGGUACUUGGGAGGCACUUUAUCCGGAUGAAUGCGGCAUUGUGAUUACCCCGGGUCUGAUUGAAGCUUAUGAGAUUAAUUUUGAACAUUCGCAACGCGUAGGACCCCAUGAAGAGGACAUGGAUUCUGGCAUUCCCUCUGAAAAACCACUAAUCGCUCUGGAAUUAACCCCUCUUGUCCCAAUUCGACGCGGAACUGCUUUAGAUAUAUCCAUACGCUCACCUCCCACGACAAAAUCCCAAAUCACCACAGGGAACAAUAUCAUGUUCCGUUCACGAAACCCUGAGGAGUGCGAGAAGUUAUAUGGACUUAUCAAUCACUCUCGAAUAAAUAACCCGACCUACAUCGCGCUACAGAAUGCCCGCGGUCCGUAUUCUGUGCAGCCUACGUCGCUCGCCCGCCAAAAUUCCAACCGCAGGAGCAGAUUCGGUGGGUGGUUCAAUUGGUCAAGCAGCAGUUAUCGUGCCUCGAGCGCUCCUGCCCCGUCUGUGGCUGGCGUGACAGAUUCCAGCGUUGGCACAAUGUCCAGUGCAUUCUCAGCUCUCAAAAAAUUCGGCGCAGGGAGCAAGAUGUUCAGUAUCGCCCGAUCAACCAUCACAUCCCGCACUGGCAGCCAACGAGGCAGCCUUUACUCAACGUCCACUCGGUCUGGAUCCAUCUUCCCAAAUUCACCUUUCGAAACGGGUUAUGACCUUGCGAAAAACGCACCUGGCGGUAUUGGCCUUUCAAACGCCAAGAUUAGGUUAUAUGCUCGGGAAUCUGCAUCGAAAUGGCGGGAUAUGGGGGCUGCUCGUCUUACAAUCUUGCACGCGCCUUCCGGCCCAUCCCGCCCGGGUACUGCUGGAACUAAUCGAGUAGAUGCUGGGAUAUCUCCUGCAGACUUUGGCAAUAUGGAGCCGAUGACGCCGGAUGGACAAUCUUCCGCUGUUCCCGCGCAAGUUGCUCCGGCAGCACCGGUAUCGUCAGCCCGUAGGGACGAAAAGCGCAUUCUCAUCCGAGGUGGACACAUGGUGCUUUGCAUGAAAACUUGGUUUGCAAAUUUUCUGGCCGGCUCAAUACCCCGCAAAGUGUUUCGGUUAUUCGAUCGAACCUUAUAUGUCUCAUUGGUUGCACACGGCUAA